UUGGGGGAAGAGAAUUUUGUUGGUUGGAUCAUUAUAGAACGUGAUGCCGAACAUUGUUGUAUGCAAGCUGUCAUACUGUUAAAGAGUUUAUUCAAGUUAACGUUUAUUUUUUAUAUUAAACACAAAGUGUAAAAUAUUUUUCAAAAUGAGGAAUAUUCUUUUCUUUAUUUUACUCGCCUUUCCGGCCGUUAUUUUCACUGUGAAUGAAGGCGUUGGAGUAGCUUAUGCUGAAGAAGAAGAUGUGGGUGAUGAUAUGGUUGACGUUGAAGGAGAGGACAGUGGAGUGGUAACAGAAGAAGAAUCAGAGGAGGAUACGAUAACGGCAUCUAAGGAUGUGGACACGACAAUAUUAUUUAUCGAACCCGCUCAUAACCCACUGAAUACUCUCGAAUUACCAGGAGGUGUGCCAGUAGAAUUUUUGAUUGGCUUCACAAAUAAGGGUGACACCGAUUUUAUUGUGGAAACAGUUGAUACAUCUUUCCGUUAUCCCAUGGACUUCAAUUUCUACAUUCAGAAUUUCUCGACUGUCGCCUAUAACAAAAUUGUUAAACCCAACCACGAGGCUACUCUUGGUUACUCGUUCGUGCCAUCUGAAACAUUUGCCGGACGGCCUUUUGGAUUAAAUAUCAACUUGAAUUACAGAGACGCUAGUGGCAACACAUUCAGUGAAGCCGUCUACAAUGAGACCGUGCAAAUUAUUGAAUUGGAUGAAGGAUUAGAUGGAGAGACAGUGUUUCUUUAUGUCUUCUUAGCUGCUUGUGUGGUUCUAAUUCUCGUUGGAGGUCAGCAACUACUGUCAUCCUUCGGCCGAAAAUCACGAUCUUCGUCUUCGCGUAAAGCACCAGUUGAAAUGGGCACUUCCAACCCGAAUAACAUUGACUACAGUUGGGUGCCAGAGGAAACUCUAAGAAUGUUUGAAAAAUCCCAAAAGAGUCCAAAACAAAGUCCAAGGCAGCGGAAGACAAACAGAUCUGCAGGUUCAGAUGAUUGAAAGUAACAAUUAUCAUGUGAUUUAUUUAAAUAAUUUACUGUAAAAUUAAUUGAGUUGUCUUAACAGUUUCAACUCUACGGGACAAAUUUUCAAUAUUAUUGUAAAUGCAAAGAUCGUCUUUCAUUAUAAAAUCAUCUGCACGAUGUAAACUAUUUUCGUCACUAAUAUCGAGAUAUCAAAUUUAUUAAAUUAAAUUUUUAAUUUAGUGUUUUAUGUAGAUGAGUGACGAUCUUUACCAAUUGAUGAUUUCUAGUGAACGAUCAAGAUUUUUUUAGAGAUAUAUUUAUUUGAAAAUCCAUUUUUCCAAGUUGUGUUACUUUUGAAAAAUGAGUUAAUGAACUUUUUAUAUGUAUAAAUGGUUAUUGUUCUUAUUUAGGAAGUAAAAAUAACUUUUUUCUAGUUCAUUUGUAAUGAAUAUAUUGUUGUUUUUUAUUAACUUAAUCGUCCCUUAGAAAUGUAAAUUGAUUGAAUAUUACAACUCCAAACAGACUGCGAGAUUUUGUAUUGAAUGUUACUUAGAAUUGUAAAUAAAAUUUUCAUAGAUAUCAAUGAA